AUGCGGUACAUCUUCGCACCAUUGUUGUUGUUCUGUUCCGUUUGCGUUUCCUUAGAAUUCAAAGGACUUCAAAAUUCGCUCAAGGAAUUGGCGAAAAAACCGGGUGAUGGUGAUAACAGCGAGUUACUCAGUUUGAGUAGAGUUGCCGGCUUGGAUCUUACCAACAUCUUGCCACGGACCCAACGCGCAAGACACGACGAAGUGGCAUUCCCAGUUUUCACUGAACUUCCCAUGCGAGAGACCAAGAACGGGAGAAUCUUAGACUGUUUGACUGAAAUAGGUUAUUGGAUGGUGGAAGGAGGAUUAGACGAAACCAUCAAGAUACGAGAAGAAUUUAGAAACACUAUGAGAGAAUUUGUGAAAGAUAAUUUCGAAGCGGAUCAAAAGGAACAUCUUUCAUUAUCCUCACCUAGAAGUUUGAAUUCAGAUGCCUCAAUCGAUCCAAUUUUAAAAGACUAUUUCCAAGAGUUAGUAACAAGUCCUACCAAAGGAUCAGAGCAUACAAAAGCAACAGAAAAGGAAACUUUUGAUGAUUCGAAAUUGGUCACAUCGUUGGUCAAGUUGGCUGUUCAGGCGAACGAUUGGGAUACCAUGCUUAGACAUGCCAACUGGCUUACAACUUUACGGAACGAAUUGUUAAAGGACCCGAACGGUUACGGCUUUACAAAUCGGCAUUGGAUGGGCUAUGCUAUUAAGAUGCGACAUGAAAUGCAAAGAUAUAAACCUGAACUGACCUGCUUAAUCACAUUAGACACGGAGUUUGACAAGAAAAAUGCCGAAUAUCUGAUCAAGGAUCUACCCAAGGAAGGAAUUCCGCGAAAAAAACAAAAGGAUACGUAUAACCUCCGACAAAAGUUUCGGAUCAUUGCAAAUCAUUGGAAUUCCGAGUAUAAAAUCCAUCAAGAAAAACCAAAGGUUACAUAUCAUAUCCGUCGAAAGUUUUGGAUAAAUGCAUAUUAUUGGAAUUCCUUACAACAUACAUUACAACAACCUGAUUGGAAGAGUGAAGUAACAAGAGCCAAGUGGCAUCUUGGAAUGAUUUCGGAAAAUUUUGAUAAUUUUUUAAAAACUCAUACAAUGAAGAAGAACUUCUUGAAAACAUUGCAAGACUUUUUAAAGUUUCAUAUCAAUGAAAAAAGUCUUGCACCUGAUCACAUCUAA